AUGCAUUCCAGUAACCCCAAAGUGAGGAACUCCCCGUCAGGCAACACGCAGAGCCCCAAAUCAAAGCAGGAGGUGAUGGUCCGUCCCCCUACAGUGAUGUCCCCGUCUGGCAACCCCCAGCUGGAUUCCAAGUUUUCUAACCAGGGCAAACAGGGGGGCUCCACCAGCCAAUCCCAGCCCUCUCCCUGUGACCCCAAAAGUGGAGGUCACCCUCCCAAAGUACUCCCUGGCCCAGGCGGGAGUAUGGGGCUGAAGAAUGGGGCUGGAAAUGGUGCCAAGGGGAAGGGAAAGAGGGAGAGGAGCAUUUCGGCAGAUUCCUUCGAGCAGAGGGAUGCUGGGACCCCUAAUGAUGACCCCGAAAUCAAAGACUGCAAUUCUGCCGAUCACGUGAAGCCCCAGGAUUCGCAGCACACRCCGCACUCCAUGACUCCUUCGAAUGCUUCAGCCCCGAGGUCUUCCACACCUUCCCAUGGCCUGACUGCUGCUUUGGAGCCAGCCAGUGGGCAGAAAACUCCAUCCAAAGUAGUUUACGUCUUUUCUACGGAGAUGGCCAACAAGGCUGCAGAAGCUGUGCUGAAGGGGCAGGUGGAAACCAUUGUGUCCUUCCAUAUCCAGAACAUCUCCAACAGCAAGGCAGAACGAAACACUGUACCCUUGAACCCGGCGAUGGCGACGCUGCGGACGGAGCCCAAGGCCCUGCCGCAGGCACCGCCUCCAGCCGCCCAGGAGCAGAGCCCUGCCCCCAACGCCAAAAUGCAGCCGACUCCGCCCGUGUCAGCACCGGUCUCCAAGCCCAGCGGCCCCCCGUGCCCCAUAGAUCAGGACAGUCCCAGCGUGGAGAGCAAAGUGAUGUCUGUGGGCAGCCCCGCCAACUCCACCCCCUUGCAGACGGAAGGAUUCGGGCAGAGYUCGACUCCCAACAACCGAGCAGUUAGCCCCGUGUCCCAAGGUAGCAAUAGCUCUGCUGCGGACCCCAAGGGUCCUCCCCAGCAGGUGUCUGGUGGGGACCCGUCCACUUUGGGUGAGAAUCCGGAUGGACUGUCGCAGGAGCAGCUGGAGCAUCGGGAGCGCUCCUUGCAGACGCUGCGAGACAUCCAGCGCAUGCUCUUCCCCGAUGAGAAGGAGUUUGCAGCAGGGCAGAGCGGGGGGCCGCCUCCGAAUCCCGGGGUGCUGGAUGGCCCCCAAAAGAAACCCGAAGGGCCGAUCCAGGCCAUGAUGGCUCAAUCCCAAAGUUUAGGCAAAGGGUCAGGGUCUCGGACAGACGGAGGGGCCCCCUUUGGCCCCCAGGGGCACAGGGAGAUGCCCUUUUCCCCCGACGAAAUGGGGCCGCCGCCCAUGAACUCGCAGCCGGGACCCAUAGGCCCAGACCAUCUCGACCACAUGACUCCUGAGCAGGUGGCCUGGCUCAAGCUGCAGCAGGAGUUCUACGAGGAGAAGAGGAGAAAGCAAGAGCAGGUUGUUGUGCAGCAGUGUUCCCUGCAGGACAUGAUGGUCCAUCAGCACGGGCCUCGUGGGGUGGUGCGAGGGCCUCCCCCUCCCUACCAGAUGACCCCUGGGGAGGGCUGGGGCCCUGGGGGCCCAGAGCCCUUCCCUGAAGGCAUGAACAUGUCCCACUCUCUGCCCCCCAGGGGCAUGGCCCCUCACCCCAACAUGCCCGGGAGCCAGAUGCGCCUGCCUGGUUUUGCAGGAAUGAUGAACCCUGACAUGGAGGGCCCCAGUGUCCCAAAUCCCGCCUCCAGACCUGGGCUUUCGGGAGUUAGUUGGCCAGACGAAGUGCCAAAAAUCCCAGACGGCCGAAACUUCCCUCCUGGCCAGGGCGUCUUCAGCGGCCCCGGCCGAGGGGAGCGAUUCCCCAAUCCGCAGGGCCUGCCCGAGGAGAUCUAUCAGCAGCAGUUGGCUGAGAAGCAGAUGGGCCUCCCUCCUGGCCUGAACAUGGAAGGCAUCAGGCCUGGCAUGGAGAUAAACAGAAUGAUUCCCUCCCAGAGACACAUGGAGCCCGGCAACAACCCCAUCUUCCCUCGCAUGCCGGUGGAAGGGCCGAUGAGUCCUUCCAGGGGGGACUUCCCGAAAGGAAUGCCCCCGCAAAUGGGCUCUGGGAGGGACCUGGAGUUCGGGAUGGGCCCCGGCGGCAUGAAGGGCGACAUGGGUAUGAACGUCGGCAUGGGCUCCAGCGCACCGCUGGUCCCUCAGAAGCUGAGGGAGGCGGCCGUGGGGCCCGAGGAGAUGAUGAAGCUGCGGCCCGCUGUGUCCGAGAUGCUCUCCUCGCAGCAGAAAAUGGUGCCGCUGCCCUUCGGAGAGCACCCGCCGCAGGAGUACGGCAUGGCUCCCAGGCCCUUCCUUCCCAUGUCUCAGGGCCCUGGAGUCGGUCUCCGCAAUCUCAGAGAACAGAUGGGGCCUGACCAAAGGACUAACAACCGGCUCAGCCACAUGCCGCCACUACCUCUCAACCCCAGCAGUAACCCCAACAGCCUCAACGCUGCUCCCCCUGCGCAGCGCGGCCUGGGCCGCAAGCCCCUGGAUAUCUCCGCGGCCGGCCAGGUGCACUCGCCGGGAAUCAACCCCCUCAAGUCCCCCACCAUGCGCCAGGUGCAGUCUCCCAUGAUGGGGUCUCCCUCGGGGAACCUCAAGUCUCCGCAGACGCCCUCGCAGCUCGCCGGGAUGCUGGCAGGCCCCACCGCCGCGGCCGCCGCUGCCUCCAUUAAGUCCCCCCCGGUUCUGGGGUCUGCUGCUGCUUCUCCUGUCCACCUCAAGUCUCCGUCUCUCCCUGCACCUUCUCCUGGCUGGACGUCGUCUCCCAAGCCCCCUUUGCAGAGCCCUGGGAUUCCCCCGAACCACAAGGCGUCUCUCACCAUGUCUUCUCCAGCCAUGCUGGGGAAUGUGGAGUCAGGUGGUCCACCUCCUUCCACAGUCAGCCAGUCUGCUCCUGCGACUCUCCCUGGAAACCUUCCCUCUAGCAGUCCUUACACGAUGCCUCCAGAGCCGACCCUUUCUCAGAAUCCUCUCUCCAUAAUGAUGUCCAGGAUGUCCAAAUUUGCCAUGCCCAGCUCUACGCCGCUCUAUCAUGAUGCCAUCAAAACUGUGGCCAGUUCAGACGAUGACUCCCCUCCAGCACGAUCCCCAAACUUGCCACCUAUGAACAGUGUACCAGGAAUGGGCAUUAAUUCUCAGAAUCCUCGAAUUUCAGGUCCAAACCCAGUGGGUCCAAUGCCAACCCUCAGCCCAAUGGGAAUGACCCAGCCUCUUUCCCAUAACAACCAGAUGCCCUCUCCGAACGCUAUGGGACCCAAUAUACCUCCUCACGGGGUCCCCGUGGGACCCGGCCUGAUGUCACACAACCCGAUGAUGGGGCACGGUUCCCAAGAGUCUCCGAUGGUACCUCAAGGACGCCUGGGCUUCCCACAGGGGUUCCCUCCCGUACAGUCCCCUCCACAGCAGGUGCCAUUUCCACACAACGGGCCCAGCGGAGGACAAGGCAACUUCCCGGCGGGAAUGGGCUUCCAUGGCGAAGGACCUCUGGGGCGCCCCACCAACCUGCCCCAAAGUUCGACAGAUCCAGCACUUUGCAAGACUGGAGGCCCUGGCGGUCCGGACUCCUUCACCGUCCUGGGCAACAACAUGCCUUCGGUUUUCGCCGAUCCGGAGCUGCAGGAGGUGAUCCGCCCCGGAGCCACGGGCAUCCCCGAGUUUGACCUCUCCCGGAUUAUCCCGUCGGAGAAGCCGAGCCAGACGCUGCAGUAUUUCCCUCGCGGGGAGGUGCCGGGCCGCAAGCAGCCGCAGGGCCCGGGGCCCGGCUUCUCCCACAUGCAAGGGAUGAUCGGAGAGCAGCCGCCGCCGCCGCGGAUGGGACUGGCGCUGCCCGGCAUGGGCGGCCCCGGGCCUGUGGGCACGCCGGAGCUGCCCCUGGGCACGGCGCCCUCCAUGCCGGGCCACGGCGCCAUGCGGGCGCCCGCCUUCCUGCAGCAGGGCAUGAUGGGCCCGCACCACCGCAUGAUGUCGCCGGCGCAGGCGGCCAUGCCGGGGCAGCCGGCGCUCAUGAGCAACCCCGUGGCGGCCGUGGGCAUGAUGGCGGGCAAGGAGCGGCCGCCCGCCGGCCUCUACAGCCACCCGGGCCCCGUGGGCUCCCCCGGCAUGAUGAUGUCCAUGCAGGGCAUGAUGGGACCCCAACAGAACAUCAUGAUCCCGCCGCAGAUGAGACCCCGCGGCAUGGCCGCUGACGUGGGCAUGGGAGGCUUUAGCCAAGGCCCCGGGAACCCGGGGAACAUGAUGUUUUAAGCUGCUACCCUUGAGACUGGAUGUCGCGAUCCGUGUCGAGAUGAGAUUCCGAGUCCUGGGGGCUUUCUCGGGAGCUCCAGGAGUACAGUUUGGCCAUGCAAUAGGUGAACAGAGACCAGAGGACGCUUUGGGAAAUCUCGAAUGUAUGGAAUUACCUGAAAAAAAAAAAAAAAAAGAAUAUUCAUUUUAACAGGUUGGAUUUUUUUGUUUGUUUUGUUUUGUUUUUUUUUUAAGAUUUAUUUUUUAAAAAUUAUUUUUGUGGACUUGGGUAUCCCGUGACGGCACCUGCUUUGAGAAUCUGUAGCUGUAUUUUGAGAAUUGCCAUUUGUCACAAGUUGCACCAUUCUCUGUAUGUUUACGUCCUUCGGACUGGCUUCUCACAGGACUUUUGGUUAAUUUUUUUCGUUGGUUUUUUUUUUUUUUUUUUUUGUGUACUGUACUAUAUUGUAAAAGGGAUUUUAGCAGAGACUUUAGUCUUUGGGGUGAGAGGAGAAUGGGAUUCUAGGCUGUUUACUUUAGGUGGAGAAUCCAUCUUCAGAACUUCGGACUAUUUUCCUUCAACUCCAAUGUAUAGAAAAACCAAACUACGACCUCAGAGCAGAGUAUUAAUGAAAAGCACAAAAAGGAACUUAAGUUCAGUGAGGGGAAUCUUUUAAAAGAAAUAAAUAAUAAGUUAAGGACAUAUUUUUCAAAUUAUGGCGUGCUGUCCAGCACCUUCUGUCUCUCCCUCCCACUCUUUAUUAAAUAGGCUUCUCUCUCUCCGUCCCCYGUCUGUCUCCUCCUAUGGCAGCUGCAAUACGUUGUGUUAUUUUGGGGCAUAAAUCUAGGAGAGCCUCUCCUCAYGUGGGGACUCUUCCCACUUUCAGGAAGGGGCUGGACUCGGACACUGUUACGUUCUACAGUAGUCUCUCUCACUGUUUCCUAUUCUCCUUUUCUUAGAAACCCCAAGUGAUUUUAUUAAUGUGGGAGUGGAACAGACACUAAAAGUUAUCCAGGAUUUUUUUUGUGGUUAUUUU